CGACCAUCCCCAACUCUGGUAAGUAUGUCCAUCACUUCUAUCUCGGCUCAGAAUGGGAGUAAGGCAGAGAGGGGCGACUCUACUGGGCUUCACUUCUAUCAAGCAUUCCCCUUGAACAAGGAUAUUCUCAAUCUCACCGACACCGAGCUUGCUUUCUUCAAGCAUACCACUGGGAUCCAGAAUGAGACUGAAUUGAAGGAACAUAUUUGUCAUGUGCAGGAGGAGGCAUACAAGGUUUUCCCGUAUCCAUGCAUCCGGAACUUCAAUUUCACCAAGCUCAAAAUUUCUCGGUUGCCCCCUUAUCCCCAGAUGAUGGAAUUGGUUAGAAACCGACCUGAUGCCAUCUACCUUGAUAUUGGCUGCUGUUUCGGCAAUGAUGCGAGAAAGGCUGUAGUCGAUGGUUACCCUAUGCAGAACAUCAUUUGUUCUGACCUCCGACCCCAAUACUGGGAUCUAGGCUUCGAGUUGUUCCGCGAUAAGGAUACCUUUCAUGUUCCUUUCAUCGCUGGCGAUGCAUUCGAUCCUGAUUUCCUCUCACCGACCCUCGUGGAGAAGAGCGGUCCCGACCCUGCUCUGAAAGAGGUCAAGACACUCACGGAAUUACAAGGAAACAUCUCUGUCAUUCACGCCUCGUCUUUCUUCCAUCUGUUUGAUGAAGAGCACCAAGAGAGGCUUGCCUAUCUUACCGCCAGUCUUCUCCUGAAGAAGCCAGGAACGAUGAUAUUUGGAUCCCAUGGUGGCUUGACUGUGCCAGGAAUACGUAAUGAACGUGGCGCUUACGGUCAUAGUCCAGAGUCGUGGACCCAGCUAUGGGAGACCGUCUUGGGUAAGGGAAACUGCGAAGUGAAGGCAGAACUUCGUGCCUGGAAGACGGAUACCGAGCCGGACCGCGCUCACGAGGUUUUGACGUGGUGUGUCACACUCAGUUAGCACGUUCGAGUACGUCGCCCUUCCCUUG